ACCUAGGGCUGUUGCAUAGCUCACAGACAUUGAGUUUAACUCAUCUGACAGGUUUGGCCUUGAGGUUAUAAUAAUCUUAAAGCACUGAAACAUGAGAUUUCACGAGAAAACUCUGGGAUUAUUCUCCAUCCUUUCUGUGAGUAUCAUCGUCUCUCUCCUCUUACUGAACUCUUCAAGGAAAAAUUGCCCUCAAAAGGCAGAACCAAACUUGAAUCACUUACUUAAGCAGGACAUUGGAGAACUAAAGGCUUGCUCUGCAAUUAUCCAAGGAGACAUGGAUGGAAUGGACAACGAAAUUUUCAGGAAGCUCCUGGCCUCCAAGAAAAGAACAUCACUGCUAUUAGAAUCAUUCUAUCUUAAUUCAACCAAGAACUGUCAAUCCUACAUCAGAGACAGAGGGUUUCUGACAGUUCCUCUCAGUAAGGAGGAGAAAGAUUUCCCUAUUGCCUAUUCCAUGGUGAUCCAUGAGAAGAUCGAGAUGUUUGAAAGGCUACUGAGAGCCAUUUACACUCCUCAGAAUGUGUACUGCGUUCAUGUGGACCAGAAGUCUCCUGAGAUCUUUAAAGAAGCAGUUAGGGCCAUAGUGUCUUGCCUGCCUAACGUGUUUGUGGCCAGCAAAUUGGAAAGUGUGGUCUACGCCUCCUGGUCUCGAGUUCAAGCGGACAUCAACUGCAUGCAGGAUCUGCUCAAGUCACCUGUCCAGUGGAGAUAUCUGCUCAACACCUGCGGCUCUGAUUUUCCCAUUAAAACCAAUGCAGAAAUGGUGUGGUCUUUAAAACAUCUGAAUGGGAAGAACAGUAUGGAGUCUGAGGCCACAAAUGAUUACAAAAAAAGGCGCUGGCAGUAUCAUCACAAUGUUACAGACUUUGUGAUUGAAACCGACGUUAAAAAGUCGCCUCCACCAAUAAAGUCCCCCAUGUUUUCAGGAAAUGCUUACUUUGUAGUUUCAAGAGAGUUUGUGGACCACUUCUUCAAAAGCAAAGAGACUCAGGAUUUCAUGGAAUGGGAGAAAGACACGUACAGUCCAGAUGAGCACAUGUGGGCUACAUUACAGAGGAUGCCAUCAGUGCCGGGAUCAAACCCUCCCAACAGCAAGUACGAGCAAUCGGACAUGAACGCAAUUGCUCGUCUGGUAAAAUGGAGCUACCUUGAAGGGGAUCUAAAAAAUGGGGCUCCCUACUCACCAUGCACUGGGGAACAUAGACGGGCAGUAUGUGUGUAUGGAGCUGGGGACUUGAAAUGGAUUGUGAGGCAACACCAUCUCUUAGCAAACAAGUUUGACCCAGAAGUAGACGACAUCGCAAUCAAAUGCAUAGAGGCUUUUUUAAAGUACAAAGCUAUUUAUGGUCAGUCAUUACUAACUGUUCAAAAAUCAGAUAUAAUUUUAUGACGCUUUUACAAUAUACUGUCUGAAUAUUUCUAUAAAUAUUGUAAGGCAAGAAUCUAUUUAUUGAAUAUAAUUUAAAACAUACUGUAUGUGAACAUAACUUUUUAUACAGACAUAUUAUUGAUAGGUUGAUGAAAACUGUCCAAUAAAUUUAAGAAAAAAAUAAUUUGUGUGGAUUAAAAACAAUAAUAAACAACCAUUUCAUGUAACAAUUUAAUAUUUAAUGUAAGGAACUAAUUAAAUUAAAUAUGUCUAAUGGCACAAAAUGUUUACUCGCAAAUUAAAUCUCUCAAAAAUGUUUAACGGUUAAAAAUGGCAGUUGGACAUCAUCAAAAUCCUUAUUUCAUCUCAGUAUCAGUUGUGUGUAAACAUUCAGAUUAAGUCUGGCUACACUAUGGCAAUAAUAAUGAAGAGAGAUAGUGUGAUCAGUGACAAAACUAGCCUAUUGUUCUCACAUAUACAGAACUGUCCAAAAACAUUUGUCAGGUUUUAGAAUUAGACCUGAAUAAUAAAAUCACUGAUAAUUAACAUGCAGGUAAACUUUGGGUCAUGAAGUAACAAAUCCUGAGGCAAGGAAACAAGUAACAGGAGGAAAAUACUCAAAGGAUUAGUUAUAAAAUAACUGUGUAACCAUUUCCUCAGAAUAAAUCUUAAUAUGGACUAAACAUAGAAACUUAGUCAUGAAUAUAUAAAACUUUUGAUAAAAUCUCUUCCUUUUCAAACUGCUGCAAACUAAUUCAUUCAUCGAACCAAAACUGUCCAGAAUGUUAAAAUUCCACUUCCUUACUGUAACAGGUUUACAGCUUGUAAAGGGAAAUAUACAGAAGUAAUAAAAUAUGUCAAAGCA